AUGUAUAGGAGUGAUGAAGAUGCUAGGGUGUACAAGGAGAAUGUAGUUAUACAGCAUGAUAGUUUCUUGGGGUCUCUACUCCAAACAGGCUCCUACACCAAGCUCUACAGCUAUACCCAUUUGAUCAACGGGUUCGCCAUUCAUGUCAAAUCUGAAGAGGCCCUCGAUGCUCUUCAAGGUGCAAGAGAAGUUAAACGUAUAGAGGAGGACAUCAAAAUGGAGAAGCUGACAACCCACACGCCUGAGUUUCUGGGGAUCCCCACUGGUGUUUGGCCAAAGCUAGGUGGAGCCCAGAAUUCCGGUGACGGAGUGGUGAUAGGAAUGAUCGACACUGGGAUCAAUCCAAACCACCCUAGCUUCGCCAGGGUCUCAUCUGAAGGCACUAAGACAAGUGCAAAUAGGACAAGAUUCAAGGGAGAAUGUGCGACCGGGAAAGGGUUUCCCCAAACAGCAUGCAAUGGGAAGAUAGUUGGAGCCCAACACUUCGCACGGGGAGCAAUUGCAGCUGGGGAUUUUAAUGCCACCCGUGACUAUACUUCCCCUUAUGAUGCCGAUGGCCAUGGCAGCCACACGGCCUCAACUGCUGCUGGAAACCACCAAAUUCCGGUGAUGGUUAAAGGGUUCAACUAUGGAUACGCGAGCGGCAUGGCUCCUGGAGCUAGGAUUGCGGUUUACAAAGCCCUCUAUAUGUUUGGAGGCUAUAUGUCUGACGUUGUGGCAGCAGUUGAUCAGGCAGUUGAAGAUGGAGUUGAUAUACUGAGCCUCUCUAUAGGACCAUCUUCUGUACCACCUGGUCCAUCUGCUUUCCUCAACAUGCUAGAAAUUGAGUUGUUGUUUGCUACAAAAGCUGGGGUUUUGGUAGUUCAAGCAGCUGGCAAUGGAGGUCCUUCUGCCAGCUCCAUUCUCUCUUUUAGCCCAUGGAUCACAAGCGUCGCUGCCUCGACCACCGACCGCAAAUAUAAUAACACCAUCCAGUUAGGCAAUGGGCAAAGCUUCUCCGGCACCGGCCUUGCACGUACAACUACUUCUGCAACCGCCGGAGAAGUGCACUUUCCGAUAGCCGCAGCAGCAGAUGUCUGCAGCAGGAACACAAGCUAUGUACUGGUUCAAAACUGUCAACACACAGAGCCCUUCAUCCCAUCUCUGGUUCGAGGAAGGUUGAUCAUCUGUACAUAUACAUAUGACUUUGAGUUCGAGGCAGCAAGCAUUUCCUCUGUUGCAGAAACCAUGGAGAAAGUUGGGGCUGCUGGAUUCAUAAUGACAAUGGACCCAGAUCUCGGUUCAGAGCAAGUGAAGGGUACCACGAUAACCCUACGAGUCCCCGGCAUUGUACUGAACAACAUGCAAGCCUCAACAGCUCUGUGGGAGUAUUACAACUCCCACGCUAUCCGGAACAGGAACGGAGACGUAGUGGCUUUCACAGCGACGGGACGGAUCCUCGACGGACGACAAGCAGUCUUCACAGAGCAGGCACCCAUUGUUGCAUCCUACUCAUCUAGAGGUCCCGAUGUGAACAACGCACUCUUACAGACUGCCGACGUCCUCAAACCCAAUAUCAUGGCUCCAGGCUCCUCCAUCUGGGCUGCAUGGAGUCCUAACAGUGAAGGAGACCACUACAUCAAAGGACAGAGCUUUGCACUUGUAUCCGGCACAAGCAUGGCCACUCCUCAUGUAGCUGGUGUUGCAGCACUGAUCAAGCAUAAAUACCCAAACUGGAGCCCAGCUGCCAUAACCUCGGCAAUGAUGACAACUGCCAAUGUAACAGACCAUUCUGGUGCUGCAAUUCUAGCCCAACAGUCUAACCAGCUUGCUGCUGCAACCCCAUUCGACUAUGGCUCUGGUGUCAUCAACCCAGCUCAAGCACUCGACCCAGGCCUAGUGUUCAACGUCAGUUUCAAGCACUACAUACAAUUCCUUUGCGCUGUGCCAGGAGUGGACGAUGAGUCUGUUAGACGAGCAGUGGGUGUGGGGUGCCCUACCAGGAGGAAGAGAUGGUGCUCAGAUUUGAACAUGGCAAGUGUGACAGUUUCGAAUCUGGUGGGGUCGAGGAAGGUCAUCCGGCGGGUGACAAAUGUGGGAGGGACGAAGGAGAUGUACCAAGUGAGGGUACAGGAGCCAAUGGGGGUGUCAGUGAAAGUGUCACCACAGGUUUUUGUGAUAAGUGCAAAUGCAUCCAGGCAACUUACGGUUGUGCUUGGAGCAAAGGAGGCAACAAAUUCAUACACGUUUGGAGAAAUGGUUCUGGAGGGAAGCAGGAAUCAUGUAGUUAGAGUUCCUAUAGCUGUUUAUGUGAGCAGUUCCUUAGGGUCCUGAACUAUUCUCAGAUUCAUUGAGCUCUCUUCUUGACAAAAACAAAUUUCUUUAAACUCUUGUUUCAAUUCACUGACAUAAAUGUCUCUUUAUCUUAAAAUAUAAAACUUAUCCACUCUUUUCUCAAAUAAAUCAAGAAAAACCAAACAAAUCUUAAAUUUAUAUCCAUCAUAAAGAAACCUCUACCACUUCAUUUGAAUAUUAAAUCCAAUCAGAAAUGUGCAAGGAUCUAUUAGAGCAACCGAUAAGACUUCAAUCUACUCUAACGAAGGAGAGUAUUUGCCAGAAAGUAAAAGUUCAGGGGGUUUUUGUCACAAAGAAUGAACCCUACUUCUUCGACAUUUAACCUCCAUAUUUUGACCUUGUUUUAAUUUCCUCUUCUUUUUAUAUUCUUCAAUUAACGACCUCUAUCAUUAAAUCAAAAUUUUGUGGUCACUCAAAUAGCACUGUUUUCUGCAAUUAAUAUAGUUCUUCAGGGAACUAAAGAAUGAACCUAUAUGAAGUAGGAAUCAGUAGUUCCCUAUUGGGAAGACAGGUGGAUUGUCACAAGGAAGACUACUGGGUUCUCACUGUUUGAAAGAAUUCAUUGAUUCAACUCUAAAGCCAUUUUACAUGCAACCAAACUCCUUAGGAGGAAUACCAAGAUUCUAAAGAAUUCAAUUCGAUUCAUUAAUUCAGAAAAAGAGCUUAAUACUUGGGAGGAAUACAAGAUUCCGUAUCAACUUUAUACAUAUGAUCAUCUAAAGAAGAUCUAUGAUUCCAGAUAAACAAAUAGGCUUCUUUCACCAAAAAAUCCCUUUCUUAGAUGCAUGCCAUAUAACUUUAUCCUUUCCAUAAAAUCUGAAGAAAUGGGUAUUUCUUUUCUUUUUUUUUUUUCUAAUCUAAUAAAGGUUGAAAGAUCAAUUGUUACAUGUCCAAAAAAAUUAAUCAUAAACGAGGACAAGACCCAAAAAGUCCAAAACACCACCUCUGUAGUCUGUAUCAUCAAAUCAUACAGCAAGAAACCCAAAGACCCCAUAAAGCCUAGGUCAAGAAAGCCAAAUUAACAGAUUAUGUCUUGAAUACAUGCAGAUUGAUUAGCGGAUCAGGAGUUAGGACAGAGCAAGCAUGAAGUUAGUUCUGGAACCAUUCAUUUCCCUUUUUCUAUAGUUGACAGAUUGAAUCAACAAUUAUGGGGGUUCAGACAGUUGCAAGUCCAUUCAAAGAACAGAUCCCAUAGCUUGGAAUUUGUUCUCGUUCUGAGAGGUGUAGAGGCAAUGUCAUCAUCACCCACUGAGAUGCAUAUCAUUACUGGAUACAUUAAGGUAGAGACAGCACAACAUAAAACAAACAGUGUUUAUCAGUGGCACAUUGGAGGAGAAAAGAGAUAAUAAAGUUAGGCCACAUUUUAAUUUUUAAGACAUAGUAACACGUACAUAUUGGAAAGGAAAGGCAUAGUUUGUAUACUGAUGCAAUUAGACAACCCUGUGGCACAUUGCAUUCUAAGCAAAACAAACACCUUGAAGCAGUACAAACUAGUUCAAAACUUUGGUCAUGACUAUAGUUAUAUACAAGCAACAACAAAAACUUAGGGGCUGUUCACUCAUUCACAUAACUACCAAAUGAUAAGAGAGAAAGAGAGAGGUGGGGACAAUUAUAAGCAAUAAAAUCAUCCUGAGAUCGAUGACAUCCAACACAAUACAGCCUUCCUGACCCAACUGCUCACUUGGGUAUUUGCUAGAGAAUUAUAUGAUUUAGGCAUUAGGAGUUUGCUUGGUUAAUUGGCAAAAUCUAAGGCUCACAAGCAUAAGAAAAUGGGUUCAUAUCUGAUGGUGUCAGUUCAGAAAAGGAAUAAAAGUUCAGUAGAUCUACCAAUUGGUUCAAGAUAUCAGACUCUUGAACCAACUUUCCAAAAAGAAAAAUAAAGAUUUUUCAACUUGAGAUGGCCAUAUAAAUCAACCAAGUUAAAGAAAUAGAAGAAGACAAAUGAUUGAUGAAUUCUUUCCACCUACAGAUAAAAGGCUCUUUCCUCUCCACCCCAACGUUCAAAGUAUAGACAUGUAUUGGGUUAUAUCGGCCGAUAUGUAUCGUAUCAGGAGCUUUCCGAUACGAUCCUAUUAUGGAAGGGCUAAUUUCCAUAAUAAAAAGGCUAUUGAUACUGCCUGAUACGCCGUAGUAUCGAUAUUUUGAACCUUGCUCCACCCAUAAAAUACAUAUUAUGGAAGGGCUAAUUUCCUUCUUCUGGGAACAUCAGACAUAUAUGGACGAGUUUCCAUGAACAGAACAUUGAUUUUGGGAGGACAACCAGCUCCCAAAUGAUUUAAUGUUGAAACAGAUAUCAAUGAGGAUGAAAAUUCAGAAAUCUCUAAUAUUUCUGGUAUGUAGAUUUGGUUUUCGCAAACAAUAGUGGGAGAAAUAUAUGAUUAUGAAGGACAGAAAAAACAGGGAAAGAAUACUUGCCUUCUCAAUGGCUUUCGAGAUUUCCUAACAUUAUUAGUUAUCUGCAGGACUAGCGACUCUCAUGGCUAAAAGGCACUACUUAGCCCUGGAACUCGGAGAUUCAAAAGGGUUCAAAUGGAAAUUGCAUUACGUUGACAUCUCUAUAAAUAGAGAUGCAAAUCUCCAUUUGGCAAUGCAAAGAGGGCGCAGACUUUUCCGAUCUGAACAGAAAAUAUUUUCGUUGCAUUUAUUUGGGCUCCUUUUCCGGCGAAAACAAAUUCCUCGGCCUUAUACGGCGAGAAAAGAAACUCUAAUGAAUUACGGGGGACGAGCAAACCCAGUACAAGAAAAGAAGUUAUUUCUUUUAAGCCAAAAAUGAAAACAAACCAAGCGUUAUUACUACAAUAACUCAGUCGAAUGAAACUUGUUGAAUGGUCUGUUUUGGCGUGGCGAGGAAGAGGAUAGGACAUACCUUGCUAGACCGACUCUUUUCGUCCUGGAAUAUCGAUGAAGCUCAUCCUUCUGGCAUAUAUUUGUGAUACUGUGCGAAGAGAUGUUUCUCAGACUCAAAGCAGUUUUGAUUUUCUCGAAACUGAAGCCGUGAUUGAGGAGAGAGAGUGAGCACGGACGAUUCCUAUAACUUCACUUCGGAGUGGAUAAGGUAAACAGGAGAGAGAGAGAGAGAGAUUCAUUCCUUGUAAGAUAAAGUAAUAAACCCCAUGAUUGAUA